AUCAGCUCACGGCCACAGAGCUUGUUUAUUACCUGCUUCCGCCUUAUCCUUCCACUGUUGGGAAGGUUUUAGUUCUGUUAACGACUUUAUCGGGAUGUCAGCGGGCUCACAGGAAGGAUAAAUUUAUUAUUUAUUUAUUUCUUGUGUGGUAGUUUGUUAACGCGUUGGAUAUAAACGCCGCAGACGAGGUCCAAAGAUCUAUUGACGCUAUUAGCAGAACAUGUGGACAGAUGGAGUCCUCACACGCGGUGCCUUUGGAUGGACCACUGAAGGGAACUUUACCUCCUUGUGCCCUAAUGGUUCGCAGUGGGUUUGGGAAGGACUUGGGGAAUGUGCCCAGGAUGCGAGGGAUAUGGCCAGCAUCUACCUAGGCCUCCUGUCCAUCCUCUGCUUCAUGGUGUCUGCACUCCCACAGUACUACAGCUCGUGCAAAACAGGGAAUAUGGACAGUGCCAUCUCUAUCUGGUUCCUGCUGCUGUGGUUGGGAGGGGACUCCUGCAAUCUGGUGGGCUCCUUCUUGGCAGACCAACUUCCACUUCAGACAUAUACAGCCAUUUAUUACGUUAUAGCUGACCUGGUGAUGCUGGGCAUGUACCUUUACUACAAGAUAAUCCACAAAGUGGCUGAAAGCAGGAGGGUUUUGCAUGUGGUCGGUGUAGUCUGCGUCCUGGGCUUCACCACGAGCCUCACCCACCUCCCCGGGUUUGGCACUCAGCAGGAAAUAAGUCCAUCCGGGUUCAGAAGUCGCGCUCUGCUCUCAACCUCUGACAUUAACUCCGUCAGGGCUUUUACCCCUAAAGAGAUUAUUGGUUUCUCCAUUGGCUCUGUGUCAUCCAUGCUCUAUCUAUGUUCCAGACUUCCCCAGAUGUACACUAAUUUUAAGAGGAAGUCAACAGAGGGAGUGUCUUACUUCCUAUUUGCACUGGUCAUCCUGGGAAACACCACUUAUGGCCUGAGUGUCCUACUAAAGAACCCUGAAGAGGGCCAGGGCGAGAGAAGCUACCUGAUCCAUCACUUGCCCUGGCUCAUCGGCAGCCUCGGCACUCUCUCGUUAGACCUCAUUAUCUCUGUCCAGUUCUUGAUAUACCGCAAAGCCAAGGUGGAGUUGGGCGACGGCCACAAUGAGACGACGCCUCUGAUUGGAAGCUAAACCACAAGCAGACACUCCUUUCCAAGUGAACGCUCAGAAUCACGUUUCCAGCAAAAUCAACAUUUUAGUUUAAUUUUAUAGUUUUAUUUAUUAUGUUCUCUCUCUUUUUUAAAAAUGUUUACAAUUUGUUUUCUAUCUACAAUAGUACUGUGACAGAUGGAGUUGUUUACUUGGGUUCAGCUGCAGUGAGGUAAUUUGCACUGCUUUUAAUGUUCGAGUUUUAAAGGGACAGUUGAGAG